AUGGUUUUUUACCCUCCUUCAUGGGUGCCCAAACCUCCCCAUGAAGCGCCUGACUCAGUCCCGAUCCACGAAUUCAUGAGAAACGGCACUUACGGACGCCAACCCUUUGAAAAAUCCCGAAAUCCAUUUACAUGUGGCCUGACCGGACGGACUUACACCCCCGCCGAGUUGUUCGUGCGCUCCGACCACCUCAUGCGCACCCUCGCGCGGCGGACUGGAUGGGCCCCAAACGACAACCUAACGCCGUGGGAAAAGGUCGUCGCUAUCUUCUCUAUCAACACGAUUGACUACAUGCUACCUUUGUACGCCGCACAUGGGCUGAACGGUAUUGUUUCCCCGGUCAAUGCCGCAUAUACCGCUGGCGAGCUUGAGUACCAGCUCCGCAGCUCCGGCGCCCGCGUACUUUUCACCUGCGCUCCGUUGCUUGACAUUGCACUUCGAGCAGUGGAUGCGGUCGGGCUCGAAAGAAACAACGUAUUUUUGAUGCCGACGGUUGACAACGAAGCUGCUAUUGCGCAGAUACCUUUUCCAACUAUUGAAGAGCUCAUUCUCGAAGGUCAAUUAUUAGAGCCGCUGCAGCCGCUUAGGUGGUUGAAAGGCCAAGGCAGAAGGCAAGUGGCCUUCAUAAACUACAGCAGUGGAACGUCGGGGCUCCCAAAGGCCGUCAUGAUCUCACAUUAUAACGUCAUUUCCAAUGUUUUGGCACACGUGGCCUAUGAUUCAGUCGCUCGGGAACAAAAAGGAGUUGAAACCGAGGUUGUUCUGGGUUUGGUACCUAUGAGCCACAUGUUUGGGCUUUUGGUGGUUUCCCACACUGCGACUUGGCGCGGCGACGAGAUCAUUGUGCUGCCCGGAUUUGAUAUUGUUUCCUUCCUCAACGCCAUUCAACAGUUCCGAAUUGAACACCUGAUGGUGGUGCCGCCUAUGCUCAUCUCCAUAUUACAGAAAAAAGAGCUAUGCUCUUCGUACGACUUAUCGAGCGUGCGCUUCGUUUUCUCGGGCGCAGCACCGCUAGGCGAGGAAACCAUAAGCGAGUUGGCCAAGAUCUACCCGAAAUGGCAAGUCGGGCAGGCCUAUGGCAUGACGGAAACUGCGGUAAUCGUAUCCAACACAAGUGAGCACGAUGUUGUGUCAAAAUCGUCGGGGUCGUUGCUGCCAGGUGUCCGUAUCAAGCUUGUAGACCUCGUGUCUGGGAAGGAGAUUACCGAGUAUAACAUGCCGGGCGAGCUUUGGGUCCAGUCACCCUCCGUUGUCCUCGGCUACUUAAACAACGAAAAAGCCACGGCCGAUACCUUCGUCUCGGACGCCCAUGGCCGCUGGAUCAGAACGGGCGACGAGGUAUACGUAACCAAAUCGCCGCAGGGCAAUGAGCAUAUCGUUGUCGUCGACCGCAUCAAGGAGCUUAUUAAAGUCAAUGGCUACCAGGUGGCACCGGCCGAACUUGAAGCGCACAUCUUGACACAUCCGGCCGUUUCCGAUGUCGCAGUGAUACAGGUGCCCAAUGAGCGGUCGGGCGAGGUGCCCAAGGCGUACGUGGUAACGGCCCCUGAGUAUAAGAACAUGCCCAGUGAUAAGAUCGCCACGCUUGUUACCCAGCACGUUGCCGACCACAAGGCGCCAUAUAAAUGGAUUAAGGGCGGCGUGGAGACUGUAGAUGCUAUUCCAAAAAGUCCAAGUGGAAAAAUCCUAAGGAGGUUGUUAAGGGAUCGUGAAUAG